UAUUAAACGAGAGAAGGUUAGCACCAUCCUUGACAAGGGUGGAGGAGGCCCUUAGGCCUGACAACAUACGUGUAGUUAAGGUGUUGCCAACUACUUGGUAGCAUCUAACCAUGUGGGUGCCAGAGGAGCACAGGAACCCCAAUCCAGGCCCAGGGUCUUGUGCUGUUAACCACUUUGUACCUACAUUGAUUUAUUUAAUCCUUCAGCCACCUGACCAACAAAGCAGUUUCCUCAUUUCACAGGGACCACACAGCUGUACUGUGAGAAAACUGAGCAGCCACUUCAAAUGAUGAGGAAUAAGAAGACAUCCCAGAGGAGGUGUGACACUUGGAAAUAUGAGUGCUAAAGACUAAGUACGAGUUUUCCAGGAGGUGAUGAAAUGAUAAAGGAAGAAAAAUAAUAAAGGGGAAGAUAGAGACAGAAGAAAGGUGACAGCUAGAUUAUUUAAGAGAGGCGCAGAGACGAGAAAUCAGUGUGAGUCGCCAUGGGGACUCCCAAGGCCCAGCAUCAACCGCCUCCCCAGCUGCUGUUCCUAAUUCUGCUGAGCUGCCCCUGGAUUCAGGGUCUGCCCGUGAAAGAGGAGGAGGCACUGCUGGAGCCUGGAAGCGAGACCCCCACGGUAGCCUCGGAGGCCUUGGCUGAGCUGCUCCAUGGGGCCCUGCUGAGGAGGGGCCCAGAGAUGGGCUACCUGCCAGGAUCUGAUCCAGACCCCACGCUAGCCACCCCUCCAGCCGGCCAGACUCUUGCAGCACCCUCCCUGCCACGGGCCACUGAGCCAGGGACAGGGCCUCUGACAACAGCCGUAACCCCUAAGGAGGGUAGGGGGGCAGGCCCCACCGCGCCCGAGCUGCUGACCCCGCCUCCAGGAACUACAGCCCCACCCCUUUCUGGCCCCACCUCCCCAGGCCCGCCCCUUGGGCCUGAGGGAGGAGAGGAGGAGACCACGACCACCAUCAUCACCACAACAACUGUCACCACCACGGUGACGAGCCCAGUUUUGUGUAAUAACAACAUCUCCGAAGGUGAAGGGCAUAUUGAGUCUCCAGAUUUAGGAAGCAGCACCAGCCGCACCUUGGGACUCCUGGACUGUACAUACAGCAUCCAUGUCUACCCUGGCUACGGCAUUGAGAUCCAGGUGCAGACGCUGAACCUGUCGCGGGAGGAGGAACUCUUGGUGCUGGCUGGUGGGGGAGCCCCAGGCCUGGCCCCCCGACUGCUGGCCAACUCCUCCAUGCUGGGAGAAGGACAGGUCCUUCGGAGCCCAACCAACCGGCUGCUCCUGCACUUCCAGAGUCCUCGAGUCCCAAGGGGCGGUGGCUUCAGGAUCCAUUAUCAGGCCUACCUCCUGAGCUGCGGCUUCCCUCCCCGGCCGGCCCACGGGGACGUGAGUGUGACAGACCUGCACCCUGGGGGCACGGCCACCUUCCACUGUGAUUCAGGCUACCAGCUGCACGGUGAGGAGACCCUCAUCUGCCUCAAUAGCACCCGGCCAGCCUGGAGCGGUGAACCCCCCAGUUGCAUGGCAUCCUGUGGUGGCACCAUCCACAAUGCUACACUGGGCCGUAUCGUGUCACCUGAGCCCGGGGGAGCUGCAGGGCCCAACCUCACCUGCCGCUGGGUCAUCGAAGCAGCUGAGGGACGCCGGCUGCACCUGCAUUUCGAGAGGGUCUCGCUAGAUGAGGACAAUGACCGGUUGAUGGUGCGCUCAGGGGGCAGUCCCCUGUCCCCGGUGAUCUAUGACUCUGACAUGGAUGAUGUCCCUGAGCGGGGCCUCAUCAGUGACGCCCAGUCCCUCUAUGUGGAGCUGCUUUCAGAGACGCCUGCCAAUCCCCUGCUGCUAAGCCUCCGGUUUGAAGCCUUUGAAGAAGAUCGCUGCUUCGCCCCCUUCCUGGCACACGGCAAUGUCACCACCACAGACCCUGAGUACCGCCCAGGGGCGCUGGCUACCUUCUCAUGCCUCCCAGGAUAUGCCUUGGAGCCCCCUGGUCCCCCCAAUGCCAUCGAAUGUGUGGAUCCCACAGAACCCCACUGGAAUGACUCCGAGCCAGCCUGCAAGGCCAUGUGCGGAGGGGAGCUGUCGGAGCCGGCUGGUGUGGUCCUCUCUCCAGACUGGCCCCAGAGCUAUAGCCCCGGCCAGGACUGCGUGUGGGGCCUCCAUGUCCAGGAGGAGAAGCGCAUCUUGCUCCAAGUUGAGAUCUUGAAUGUGCGCGAAGGGGACAUGCUGACACUGUUCGACGGGGACGGUCCCAGCGCCCGAGUCCUGGCCCAGCUGCGGGGACCUCAACCGCGCCGCCGCCUCCUCUCCUCUGGGCCCGAUCUCACGCUGCAGUUCCAGGCACCGCCCGGACCCCCAAACCCGGGCCUGGGCCAGGGUUUCGUGUUGCACUUCAAAGAGGUCCCCAGGAACGACACGUGCCCCGAGCUGCCACCUCCGGAGUGGGGCUGGAGGACGGCUUCCCACGGGGACCUGAUCCGGGGCACAGUGCUUACUUAUCAGUGCGAACCGGGCUACGAGCUGCUCGGCUCCGACAUCCUCACCUGCCAGUGGGACCUGUCCUGGAGCGCUGCCCCGCCGGCCUGCCAGAAGAUCAUGACUUGUGCUGAUCCUGGUGAGAUCACCAACGGGCACCGUACCACCUCGGACGCUGGCUUCCCUGUUGGCUCCCAUGUCCAGUACCGCUGUCUGCCGGGGUACAGCCUAGAGGGAGCCGCCGUGCUCACCUGCUACAGCCGGGACACAGGCACACCCAAGUGGAGUGACCGGGUCCCCAAGUGCGCCUUGAAGUACGAGCCGUGCCUGAACCCAGGGGUGCCAGAGAAUGGCUAUCAGACGCUGUACAAGCAUCACUACCAGGCGGGCGAGUCUCUGCGCUUUUUCUGCUAUGAGGGCUUCGAGCUCAUCGGCGAGGUCACCAUCACCUGUGUGCCCGGCCACCCCUCACAGUGGACCAGCCAACCCCCACUCUCCAAAGUGGCCUAUGAGGAGCUCCAGGACAACCGAAAACUGGAAGUGACCCAGACCACAGACCCAUCAAGACAGCUGGAGGGAGGGAACCUCGCCUUGGCCAUCCUGCUGCCCCUAGGCUUGGUCAUUGUCCUCGGCUGUGGCGUUUACAUAUACUACACCAAGCUGCAGGGAAAAUCCCUCUUCGGCUUCUCGGGCUCCCAUUCCUACAGCCCCAUCACCGUGGAGUCAGAUUUCAGCAACCCACUGUAUGAAGCUGGGGAUACACGGGAGUAUGAAGUUUCCAUCUGAACCCCAAGACUAAGGCUGCAGGACCCAGACGUCCCUCCCCUCCUCAUUCUGGGCGGGAGGAGUGCAGGACCUGGUCUCUGGCUCCUUCCUUCCUGUUGUGUAAAUAGUCUCCUGGUCCCACAAGGGGGCUUUGUUGGCCCUGGGGACCCUACAAUAAAUAAACCAGCAUCCUGUCACCCAGAACCUCCUCUUCUCAGUUGCCAAAUAAGGGGCCUCCCCCACCCGACUGGCUUUUGGAUCCUGGCAUGGGAACUCAGUUCCACUACAACGCCUGGGGCCCCUCCAGCCCAGGGUACCUCAUAAGGACUGCCCCCGAGAGCUCCGCUGUUCCCUUGGCCAUGAAGGCUCUGCCCUUCCCAGAUGCUCUGGCCCCAGCCUAACCCCUGGGCUUGGAGGGUCAGAAGGAUGAAGGGGGAGCUGGGACGAGGCCCCUAUGCCCUUCCUGCCAUCUACUCAACCCACAGUCUCUCCACCUUUGCUUCUGGAUUUUUGUUUUUGAGCAAUAAACUGGAAACCACCAUUUGUAA